AUGUCCUCCGAGAACCAGGAUAUCUGGCGUACAUCGCGGUUUGAAUUCCUCAGUUAUCCAGAGCUCCCUCCACCGACAGGUAUGACAGAACAAGAUUUCCUCAAACUUACGGCAAUGGAGAGGGGCUGCCAAUUCUGUGGCACUCGUAAAUCUGCAAUUACGCUUCACUGGGAGUUCAGAAAAACAAAACCAUUUUGGAAUCCUGAAAUAACAGCUAUUAAACAAGAAUAUGAAACCGUCUCCCUCCAUGAAUCUCAUGAAUGGAUCCUCAAAAGAAAAGUCUUUGGUUGA